AUGGGACUGACAACUGAAGCCACAGCCCAGCGACUGCUGCAACAGCUUCUCAAUGAGAAGCACGACGAGGACAAAGGUGAUGAUUUCCAGUAUGACCCUCCCAUCGACGAUCCUGACAGCCCUGAUGACGUGACGGGAGCGUCGAGCAUGUCUUGGGAGCACUUCUGGAAACGUUUGGAUUCUCUGCCAGCGAGCUCAGGUGAAACCGUGACGGCGCCUACAGUUGCGACCUCGGCUGCGGAGAUACCGCUUCAGGACUUCGCAAGAGACUUGCCAAUGCAGCCGGUCGGGCAGCAGUUGGCAGAGCAGCAGACUUUGCUUCAUGCGAUUGCUGCUCACAUCACAAGCGUUGAGCGACAAGUAUGCAAGCUCCAAUGUCAGUAUGAGGCCACAGGUGCGAAGAUGCAGCGCAAGGAGACCUUGUCUCCAGGACAGUGCAUUGGCCAGGACGACUCGGUGCACCAGAAUCUCAUGUGCGUAUUCUUCGAUAUCACAAAUGAGGAGGAUAGGGAUGACCAGCAGGACUCCGAGGACUCCCCGAACGGGAGCCCCAGAUCCGAGGGGGAGUGUGACAACGAUGUGGGAGCACAACCGUCGGUAUCACCGCAAGCCUGGCUGUCCAUGAAGGAUGAGUCUCAGACGACGAUGGCCUGUAGGGCCAUGGACGCCGAGAUCCUGGAUCCGUCCGACCCGGCAUGCCUCGUUUUGCCCAGUCUGUUGGAAUACCUUGCGGUGAUUGACAUUCUGGCGUGGCGCUGCACAUCCCGUCAUACCAGGAGUCCCAGUGUCUUGAUACAGCACCUGUCCGAAAUGGGCAGGUUGGACAGGUCCGAGUCCAUUCUGGAUCUUGCUGACACGAUUCGACUGAUUACCCAAUCGUCUACACGUUUCUGCAAUUUGGCCGCGAUGGGGUAUGAUCACGAGCAGGUGAAGUACUUUGACUGCCGCUGGUGGUGCAUGAGGCUGGCGAGCGCAACAAAGACACACUUCGCAGAAAACGAUGUGCACUACAUCGUCGGCUCAAACCUUCGACACUUGUUUGGGCAGUGUUGCAGUGCAGAUGCCUCUGUGAGGAGGUCUGCGCAUUACAUUAUUCGCAACUACGGCUUUGGAGGACUACCUUGGGUACAGCGAUGGAUUGCGGAAGAAAUGCUUUGCCUGAUGGAAACCCUCCUGCCUGAGUCCGCGGAAAUCAGUCAAGAGGCCUUCAUCCAGUUUAGUUUGUGCACGCAGCAUCUUGAAGACGUGUUGCGCGCUCUGGAGAAACCGCAACGUCAGCAGUGGGUGUCCCUGCUGGUCAGAGCCCUGCUUGGACAGAAAAGAUGCCACGAGAGAUUGCUGCACGGCCUGAAGCUCCUUUGGAGAGCAGAUGACAUUCCCAGACGAAGCUACGCGGAAGCAGAGCAACAACUGAGGGCAUUCCGCAGGACCUUCAGCUAUGACAUGCAGACACGUAUUUUUGAUCUCCUUCUGUGUCGCUGA